AUGAUUCAAGAAAGACCAGACUACAAGAUGCUAGAUCCUGCUGAUAUCCUCGAAAGGCUAAAUACUCAUGAAUUCCAGCUAGAAGAAAAGAGAGAUCUAUAUGGACAAAGCUAUUCCAGACCACGUGCACUGAAGGCAAGAGCAAUUUCCUCAUCUGAAGAACAAGACACAGAUGACAGCAGUUGUGACCCUGAAGAAUUUGGUCAGGAACUUGCAAUGCUUGUGAGGAAAUUCCAGAGAUUUACACGACGAGGCCAGUUCGGUAAAUCAUCAAGAAGAGACAUGAGGAAAUCAGAAUCUGCAUCUGAGGACUACAAGAAACGGACCUGUCACGAGUGCAAGAAAUCAGGUAAUUACAUUGCUGAUUGUCCUCGCUGGGGAAAGGAAUCAAAGAAGAAGAAAUACAAGGAUGACAGUUCUGAUGACUCAAAGAAGAAGAAGAAAUCUUCAAAAUCCUCAUCUUCAAAGUCCUCCUCAUACAAGAAGACUAGCUUCAGAAAGGCUCGGGCACUUAUUGGCAAGGAAAUGGAUUCCGAGGCAGAAUCAGAGGAAUGUGAUGAAGAAGAAGGCUCUGGAGAAGACUCAGAAUCCGGACAGGCUAGUCUUGCACUAGCAACCACUUUCGUCAGCAAGUCAAUCUUCAAUCUUGAAGAAAAUGAUUGCACCAUCCACACUGAUGAAUAUGCUGAUGACUUCGCUCCAACCUAUUGCUUCAUGGCGAAAGGUUCAAAGGUAUCAAAUAAUGCCUCCUCCUCUGAUUCAAGUGACUGUGAACAUGAUGAUUAUAAAAAACCCAGUUACAGUAAACUUGCCAUCAUUGGC